GUAUUAUAUUGAUUGGAGAAAUUGGCGGUACUGCUGAAGAAGAAGCAGCAGAAUUUUUAAAACAACAUAAUUUGUCUCAAUCUCAACCAAAACCUGUAGUUUCUUUCAUUGCUGGUUUAACUGCACCGCCAGGACGUCGUAUGGGUCAUGCAGGAGCUAUAAUUGCUGGUGGUAAAGGCUCUGCAACUGAUAAAAUUAAAGCAUUGGAAAGUGCUGGUGUUAUUAUUUCAAAAAGUCCUGCUAAACUUGGAGUUCAUUUAAGAGAAGUUAGUGGUUAA